AGGAGGAAGAGGAGGGAAAGGGGUGUAGGCAGCCAGGAAGCAGGAAAGAGAAGCGCCGCCUCUUGCAAGGAUGGAGCCCAGGAGGAGGAACCCGGGCACGGACUUGGACCACAGCUGGCUCGCACGGGUCCGUGUCAACCAGCCUGCAGUUCUGAGACGGGCAGCCCAAAUUCAGGCCCAACGUGCUGUGAAAAAGAACUGGCAGGCAGCUUGGCUUCUGCGGGCCGUCACCUGCAUCGACCUGACCACCCUUUCGGGGGACGACACUCCUUCUAAUGUCUGCAGGUUGUGUUACAAAGCCAAGCAUCCCAUCAGAGAGGAUCUGUUGCAAGCUGUGAACAUGCAUGAUAAAGGCAUCACAACAGCUGCUGUCUGUGUCUAUCCAGGAAGAGUAGCUGAUGCAGUAAAGGCUCUCAAGGCGGCUGGAUGUAACAUCCCAGUAGCUUCAGUGGCUACUGGAUUCCCAGCGGGACAGACAGUCCUGAAAACUCGGUUGGAGGAGGUUCGGCUGGCUGUGGAAGAUGGUGCCAAAGAGAUUGACAUUGUCAUUAACCGAACUUUAGUACUGACGGGCCAAUGGGAAGGGCUCUUUGAAGAAAUACGCCAGUUCCGUCAGGCCUGCGGAGAAGCUCACAUGAAAACCAUCUUGGGGACGGGGGAGUUAGGAUCACUCACCAACGUCUACAAAGCCAGUCUUGUUGCCAUGAUGGCAGGUUCUGAUUUUAUUAAGACUUCCACAGGAAAAGAAGCUGUUAAUGCUACCAUCCCAGUAGGGCUGGUCAUGGUAAGAGCCAUCAGAGACUUCUACUGGAAAACUGGCUAUAAGGUUGGAUUUAAGCCUGCGGGAGGCAUUCGCACUGCCAAAGAUGCCUUGACCUGGCUUGCAUUGAUGAAGGAGGAACUAGGAGACGAAUGGCUGAAACCGGACCUUUUUCGCCUGGGUGCCAGCACUUUGCUGGGAGAUAUUGAGAGACAGAUUUAUCACCACGUGACUGGCAGAUACGCGGCUUACUAUGACCUGCCCAUGGCUUAGACCAGUGACUAAUUCAUCACCAGCGAGAGGAAGAAAGAGACAAUACAGGGAAAGAAGCUUAAGAGAACAAUGUCCUGAACUCUUUUCCUGCAGCCAAGCUCAAGACAUGCUCAUGGAAGGAUUAAAGAGUCAGUGUUUCCAAUUUUGUGGUUUCAUUGUGCUUAGUGAGUUCUCUGAUAUUGUUCCGAUAAAUAUGGAGACCUUUGGAAUUUUAAAGAUUGGCAGUGUCAAUACUGCUGCAGCUCUUUCAAAUUAACUUCAAUAUGGAUACAUU